ACCCACAAUCAAAAUUCAAAGCAAAGAAAAUAAAAUCAUGGCCCCCAAAUCUCUCCACAUCCUCCUCGCCUCUCUCUCACUUCUCGCAAUUGCGCUCGCCAUCUCCGCCGCGCGUGGCCCAAUCGUCGGCGGCUGGCGCCCGAUCGGCAAUGCCAAUGCGCCGGAGAUCGUCGAAAUCGCGAAAUUCGCGGUGGCGGAGCACAACAAGCAGGCGCACGCCUCCUUGGUUUUCGUGAGUGUGGUGAAGGGAGAGACGCAGGUGGUGGCUGGAAUCAAUUACAGGCUCCAGAUCUCCGCCAAGGACGGAAGCGGCGCCGCCCCCAAAACCUACUCCGCCGUGGUUUACUCCAGGGCUGCGCCGAAAUCCCUAGAGCUCACUUCCUUCGACCCAAUUAAAGCCUAAUCGCUGAUUAUACGAGAAUUUUGUUUUACCAAACUGGCUACAUUUUGUAUCAGUUCGUAUUAAAGUGAAAUAAAAUUUCGAGAUUAUUGUAAUCUGCUUGCAGAAUUUGCCGUUUAUAUCUAUGCCUAUUAGUUUUCACUUUUCA